AUGGGAAAAAAAUUAUUUGCGCAUGCGCAGAGAAGAUUCCCGGAACAACAAAAGCUAAUCCAGGCGUCGAAGGCAAGUGCAAAUGGAAGCUAUGACGGAGUAGAAGAUGACGAUGAAGAGGAUGACGGUGAUGGAAGAUGA